CUCUCUCUCUCUCUCUCUCUCUCUUUCCCCUUUGAAAAUUAGUAUGACAUUAUGAAUCAACUAAUGCGUUCUUUAGAGAGGGAAGACUGUCGGUUCUCACUAAUUAAUUUAACCAUGGACUGGAAAGAAAAAAACGUUAAUGCCAUCUCUUUGAAAAUGUCGCCUUUUUUGCUUUGUUUUGCGGUUUGGAUACACCAUCUUCCUGCCUUUCUAGGACCAGUCUUGGUCCACGCCUCCUUCCUCAUAACCUCUUCCCUUCUUUUAUUUCCUCCGCUUAAUUUCUUUACAAGAAAAAAAAAAAAACUCCAAGACCCAUGCCUGCUUAAUCCCAUAUACAAUACCAGAAAGCACAGGGAAACUUGAUUUCUGGAAAGAAGAAUGCUUGAAUGGGAACAUCUUCUGUUGGUGGCGUUGUCUGUUAUUGCUAUUGCCAUAAUUUUUAUCGUGUUUAUUCUGAGAUGCUCUUGUUUCAGAAGAGGUAAAGGCGCUGUUGAAACGACGACUACUAGAACAGAGAGCUUGCAAGAUGGGAUUACAAAGCUUCAUCAAGGGAUUCUUCACCAUCAGCUUGAAUUAGACGGCAAAAGAAAAGGAAAUUAUUGUGUCUUCCGACGUGGGGUUUCAGCUAGGCCUUUGUUCAGUUGGAUUGAUCAUCCAUCGCUUAUUACAGACGCAGUUGAAAAUGGAUGGUCUAGAUUUGGCUUUACAGGUUAUAUGUCGUCCCCCUCCACGCGAUCAUCCCUCUUAGGUUUCUGUGCAGUUGGCGAUAAUGGAAGGGAAGCGGAGAUGGAGAUAAGCUGGGAAGUGAGUCAAGGAUCAGCUGAUUUCAUGCAAAAGAUAAGACUAAAUUCUGGAUUAAAGAAGGUUAAUGUAAGUAAUGCUUUUAUGUCUGCUUCUUCUGUAAUUAGAACUGCUUUGCCUUUACCAGGGCCUCCGUUGGGGAAUUCAGCUUUUCCUCAAGAGGCCUACUUUGAAAUCACAAUUUUGUAUUCUCAAGGCGAGGAUCAUGAUGAGUCCAUCACCAAGGUUACGGAAGGCGAGAAGACUAAACUUAUCCAAGAAAAUUCUAACCCGAAACUGAAUUCAGAAUCUUUAUUACAUGUUAGUAGCAGCUAUCGAUUCAACAAGAUUGAAGAAUCGAAGCUUGCUGGUAAAGAUGAUGGCAAGGAAGAAGCUGUUAUGUUAUCUGUAGGGCUCACUACAGGAGGUUCUCUUCCUUUGAAACUUCCUGGAAGCUAUCCAGGUUCCAUAGGAUUCAACUCCAAUGGUUCAGUCUACCUUGAAGGGAUAAAAUUGGUGUUUGAAUCAGAGAGAGGAGAAUGGACAAGAAGGGAUAAAGUAAUUGGUUGUGGAUUCGAUCCAAGGCAAAAGAAAGUAUUUUUCACAUUAGAUGCAGAGCUGGUCCAUGUAAUUCAUUGCAAGUCAGAGGAAUUUGGGACACCAUUGUAUCCAACAAUAGCAGCCAACAAUGAGACAUUAGUUCUAGUCAAUUUUGGACAAAGUGCUUUCAGUUAUGCGGCGGCAAAUGCUCAACGAACACCAAAUCCUUGUUUCAUUGGCCCUCUUGUAAAUUCCCCUGCUUUGGGCUACGAAGAUAGCAAAGAACUCUUCUCAAUGGGAAGGAUAGACUCUCAGUGGCUUAAUAGAAUUACAACUAAAGGUACCCACAACAGCAAUGGUGCUAAUAACCAGACAGUUGAUUUCGAUGAAGAAUCUGAAGCUGAUUUGUUUGAAAUUGUGUUGGAUGGUUCUGGAACUGGACGAUCUCCAAACACAGUAUUGUAGCAUCACGAACAAAUUUCUGCAUCGGUUUUUACUGUUUCUGUGUUGCUGAGUGCCUUGGAAUUGUCUUUUGCUAUAGUUUAACAUCAGAGAAAUACAACAGAUAGAAACAGCUUUUGUGAUGGACCAUUCUUUACUGGUACAUUUUCUCGUAUGGGGUUCCUAAUUACCCAAGAAUAUACGAUCUUGUACAGCAAACGCUAAUGUUCAUUCUAAGCCAUGGUCCUUUAUUUUCU